AUGAGAAUCGGUAGUGCAAAGAGCGCCUCAAUUAGCAAGAGCCGUUUGUCUCGGCUUCAACAAUCCCGAAGCAAGUUCGAGCCAUUGACGGAAGAAGUUCCAAUGUCAACCGUGAAGAGCAAGAUGAAGUUGACCAUCAGGUCAGCGUCGAUAGAAGACUUCGGUAUCUACACCUGCGCUUCUAAGAACAAUCUAGGGGAGGCGGAUGGCACCGUCAAACUCUACCACAACUACGCCUAG